AUUGAGUUGCAGGAACGUCAUCCAAGCCUGUCUGGCGUCGAGCUGGUCCGCGCCGCUCCUCUCCGCAUCUCGCUGUCUCCCACGGGGAAUAAAACCCGCUCAGAGGCGCUCCUCGGAAGGGGCGCACGGGUUUAUCACCUGUGCCUGUCACGCGGAAGCACGAUCCCAGCGUACGCUAAUCUACCCCAGCUUUUGUACCUGGCAAGGAACUCGAGAAAUUCAUCGGAGAUCUCCACUGAGAUAUGAUACGGUGCACUCACGUCGAAGUAUAAGAGAGGGAUUGGCGAAUUUUCGGGAUAACUUCCUUUCCCGUCAACUUGACAAAGGUGUGGUGAGAUAAAUCCGUGGGGGGUCUGACAGACGUAGGCUUGUCCUCAAAAGCAACAUAGCAAAAAAAAAAAAAAGAAAAAGAAAAAAAAAAAGGACUGGUUCAUGUUGUUUCCUCAUAUCAAAGAGAGAGAAAGCAGUCAGUUUUAUAAGUUGUAUUUUUGUUAUCAGCCGAUACGAUUUAUUCGGGCCGCGAAAAACCGCCAUUCACGACUCCCUUGUUGGGGAAAUCUGGAUAAAAACUGAGACGCUGAUCUGUAGUACAGAGUGUCGACCACAUUCUCUUCAGGAGAAAGCAGACACAAAGAACCAUGAGCAAUACAGCGAGUUUAUUCUUCUUGAGCUGUUGGCUGGCCAUUCUACAGGACGUCCCAGUGUUUGCCAUUUGGUGCUCACAGUGCACGCCCACAGACCCUGCAUGUCGUAGCGGGUACGUCCAGCCACAGCAAUGCCCCGAGAACAAGACCCUGUGCUACACCUACAACCUUUACAUCAUCCAGGGUGGAGGCCAGGGCACGUACCGGGGCUGUGCCGCUGCUGUGAGUCGGGCCUCACAAGGCUGCCAUGACGUCACGAUCCUGUCCCGGGAGGCCGUGGGCUGCACCUACCUGUGCGACUGGAACAACUGCAACUCCAGCUACGGCGACGGCCAGGAGAGGACCAACCUGCUCCAGAGACGGCGGCGAAGGUCUAGGAGGUCAAGGCUCACGGACGUUCUUCUGACCGGAAGGUCGAGUUGAAACCGGAGACGCACGCGGCAAAUAUUUAUUGAACUGACUGUUGUAGGGCGUGCAGGGGGAUAUUGCUGGUGUGCACUGGCUUGGCGACGGUUUGGACUUGUUCUUGUACGCUUACACACACGUGCAGCAUACACACAUACAAACAGACAUAUUCACUAACACACAAACAAAAUCACAAGAAGAUACACACAAAAAACAUACGACAAGGGCACACGCACAGACAUGCACAUACACUAGUUUUAGGACAAUGCAAAGUUGAUAUGUUGCGUAUUAUGUAGUCAUGCGUGAGAACGUUUAAAUUGCAACCUUUUCAUAAUUAGGUUACUAGUACUCAAAACCUCUAUCUGGAGGCUUAUGUUUAACGAACCGUUUUUUCAUUUUUUUUCUCGAGAAUUGCUUUACAAGAUUCUAAAAUGAUAGCUACUCUUACUAAUUAUUAGAAAAACUCCUAACACUUGUGCUCUAAGACGUAUACAAAGAGCACACGCCAAAGUGUGUUUACGUGUAUUUAUGUGUGUGUGUGUGUGUGUGUGUGUGUGUGUGUGUGUGUGUGUGUGUGUGUGUGAGUGUGUUUGUGUGUGUAUGUGCGUAUGCGCAUAUGUAUGCGCUACAAAACCUAAGCUCAAAGAUUCUAAAUAUUCUAUGAUCUAUAAUUUGCUCCUGCACUCAUCUACCGCCUCCCUACUACAGUCAGUAUACAAGCUCCACACAAACCCUCUACAAAGGACAUCUGGCACAAAUCGUAGCAGAACCAGCAGAACGUGGAAGCUCUUUGCUUUCUUGUUUUCUUCAUCUUGUCAUCCUAGUAAUUUCCCAUUUGAAUGUGCAUUCGCUUUUGUUAAACUGUUUUGUUGAAGUUUCCGCUGCAGACUUCAUGUACACAAAAGAUCGCACGGCUGUGAAUCUGUUCAAUGUCAGUUGUUUACACAGAAAGAUAUUCUCUUGGAAUACGUAAAAAUUGCUGUAUUUCCAACAAAAAACAACAACAAACAAACAGAAAGUUGAAGGGAACAAGUUAUAAUUACAAGAAUUUUCAAUCUUGCUCCCCCUCCCUUUUUAGAAGAAGAAAAAUGAGAUUCUUAACCUCUAGGAACCAUCAGUAUCCUCCCCUCCCCCUUCUCCAGCCCUAUGACUCCCCGCACCCCAAACCCAUUCUGAAAGUAAUAUAUUAUAUUCCUCGACCAUUUCAUGUUUCCUUUUAUGUAUGCAGUGUGGUGGCGUCUUGUACUGUCUUGUGAUCUUUACAGUAUUGCACUGCCAUCUGCUAAUUUUCAAAUGAUAUUAUUGGAGUUCAAGUUUCUUUGUCUGUCUCAUUCAGCUGUUUGUUCUGUGCUUCACUUUGGGUAAAUCUUUGCUUUCAGAUCAAAGGCGUGGUUUCCAUAAAAUGGCUGUAGUAUAGAUCUACUUGAGGUCUCAAUUCUUAAAAAUAAGUUAAAAACGUCUUUCGGAUUUGAUGUCAUGGCUACCACCCCCCUCCCCUCCCCGCGAACCGCGUUGGUCCUAUUGAGAGUGGAACACCAGAGUAUGCCAAAUAAAUACCGAUUUGAGAGAGACUCCAUGAAGACCCCUUUCUCCAUUAUCACGUGAUUUUCGCAGAAAGUCUGUUCUGACUUCUCUCUCAUAUUGACAUUGAGUACGGUUUCUGGUAUUUUAUUGCAUGCUUUGGUUGCCAUGACUUAACAACAAAAUGUAGUAUACAAGUGUAUUGCAGUAAGUCCCCCCCCUUUUCAUGUUGGAAUGCUAUGCGAAAGAUUCUUGUUAGAAUUCCUAACCAGGCUUCCUUCUUGUUUCGAGAGUAUUCAUGGCUAUCCGCCCAAAUGAAUGGGCUAUAUUGGAGAUUGACGUUAAGUCGGAGACCUCCUCUUCUGAAAUAACCCUGCUGUGCGUACACGGGUUUUGAACCAGCAUAACACAGUGUUUUCAUCCACGAAACGAAUGCCUGAUACUUGAGAGUUUUGGUUUCGAAAUAAUUGGAAAAAUGUAGCGUCAUAUCACAAUUUUUUUCUAACCCAAGCCGGUGUGAAAAUACGUUUCCAUUCGUAAACGAGCCCUAAAGUCAAACCUCAUUGUAAACCCUCUGAGCGAAAACUUUCAAAUGGCGUUGGAAAGUGAACAUAACCGAGCAAACCAUUACACUUGAACCUUGACUACACAAAAGAAAAAUGGUCUAUACUUGAGAACGCUCACACAAAUACUGAUGUUUAUAUUUUUGAUUCAUUAUUUAUUUAUUGAUCGCUUACCCGUUCUUAGGUAAUGUUUACAGUGUGUUACUCUUUGUUUUGGUUAGACUACAAAUACCAUAUUUGACGAUGCUCGAUGGGCAAAUAUUGUUUUAGCUCUGUUACUCAGUAGUUGACAGCAGAUAGAGCCCUAUAUUGUGUUAUUAAUUUCAGACAAGCCUUACACCCAAUCAUUUUCACUCCAUUCCAUGUUCCCUCAUAUGAUUUCACGAACAAAACGACCCUGAAUCAGGUGACAAAAAUAACGUACCCCCUCCUCCCCCCCUUCCCCACGGCCUCCACGCAAACGACAUGUCUCAUAAUGUUGCGCAAUAGGUUAAUUAGUUGGAGGGUGGGGGUUGUACUUUGGUUUUACUUAUCAAGUAACUUGCUUUCUACAGAGAGACAUUUCCGUCAUAAAUAUUGGUCAACAUUGAGUUGGCUCGCUGUCAAAUUUAAAGUUAAUAAGUUCUGUAAUGAGAUAACAACUGAACACACGGGAACUCUAUCUUCAUUUCAGUAUUUACAGUAAGUCCCAACUGAUAUAACUCAGCACUGAGUUCCCUACUGAAAAUCAUAACUUUGUUAUGAGCCUGGCUUGAAAAAAUUGGCACACCAAUUUGCGAAGGCAGAUAGGUUAGACCUCUCGGAAGGGAACAGAAUCAAAUCUAUCAUAUAAUUAAUCAGAGGAAUCUUUGAAGAGGUAGUGUUCAAAGUUAGCUUGCUUUUGAGUAAGGUCGUUUUCGGUCACUGUCGCAAACGUUGCUUUCAAAUGAAGACGGAAUGUUCUCUCACAAAGUUAUUAUUUUUCAAAAAAAUUGCUUUGGGAUCCGAUCGAAAAAUUAAAAUUGUUGAAAUAUAAGACACUCGAUCACUUCAUACUCAUCAGAGCCCAUAAUUUGUUCGCAAAAAAUAAUGAUGAACUCAAUGAACUACCAUUUAUUUAGGAAACUCCCUUGAACUUGUCAAAAAUGGGGUGAAUAUUAAUGCCAUGCCAUCCAAAUGUUAAAGCCCACAAGCGAAGCUCGUGGGUACGUUAGUGGACUGAUUGACACAGAGAAAGAAAUGGUCGGAAACAUAACAGAUAAGUAAAGAUAUUCACAGCGAUUUUGAAUAAAUAGAAUCCAUCAGUGGUGCCCAUUUGGCAUUCACUCAGCAUCAUCAUUUCACUUUUAUAAUGUUUAUUUGCAAACACUGAUGGAAUUAUGCUUAUCAAGCUUUGAUUCAACUGAUUCUGGUGUUUCUAUUUUGCCAUAAUGCCUAGCCUAUUUUCUUUCUCUGCUUUCAAGCGUCGAUGUAUUGUAAACUACUUUCACUCGCUAUUAAUGUUUGAGAAAGUAUUCACUUGAAGUGUGAUGCGCACUAUAGUGCAUGUUGCUUAAAGUAGUUGACGACAUUGACAGGUCGAAAUGACAAUUAAAUUAUUCUGCCGAUAAUGUCAAUGAUGCAGUUAAAACAUUUAUAAUUCUUUUGACGCGUGUCGAUGUGUUUCGCAGACAUUUUAUUUCAGGCACAAGUCAUGAGCUGUUUUCUUUAUGUCGAUGUCACAAUAAAAGCAGAGAAGUGAU